CGUAACAUGACUUGUAGUCAGAGUUAUGAUUGCAAAAAUAAAAGUCAGCCGGAUGAAAUAUUAGCUAAAAGUAUGAGCAAGUUUUGUGACAAACUAGAAUCAAUAGUAGUUAUUGAUAGUGAUGACUCUGACCAAUGUGAAGAAAAAAACCUCAAACCUGAUACGUUGCUUAACCCUUCAAAAAACGUUGAGUCGCCUUUCCUGUGCUUAGUUUGUGGAGAUGAUAUCUCGAUUUAUAGCUCUAAAGUGCGUGAAUGGCAUAUAAACACUUGUCUUGAUACUUUCGAAAAUAAAGCGGAAGCGGUUGUCAAGACUAAAACGAUAGAGAAAACUACCACGACGGAAAAUUGCAUCGAUGAAUUGAUGAAUAAUAUGAAAAAGUUUUAUAUGUAUAGCUUAUCUCAUUUUCCCAACGAAUUGAACCUAGAAGAUGACUCAUUAGACAAAAGCCUAUCGGCCACAAAAUUAGAAAUUAUGAGAGAUUGCCGUCUCAAAGUAACGGAGAUGGAAAAAAACUUUAAGAAAGAUAUCUUAAUUAUGAUCAAAAGGCACAAAGACAAGAUACAAAAUUUAUUGGAUGAGCGAAACGUGAAAAUCGAGAACUUGUUAAAAUUUAAAGACAAAAAAUGUUCCAGCGACCUAAAUUUUUCAACAGAAAAGAAAAUGAAGGAUCACGAAAGAUAUCGCCCUCUCUCCGUAAUUCCAAAUAGACACUUUGCUUCUCAAAGUAAUGACAUUCGAAGUUGCCUGUCACCUAAACAGAAGGAUACCUUAGACGAUAAUGAGUCAUCUUCUAG